UACCAGGUGGGGAUGGUCUGGCUACUGCAGCGGACAGGAGGGGAUGGGGGCGCAGCGGGCUGUCGGCCUUGAGGGUCUGUGGUGACUGACAGCAAACACCCGAGUUUUCACCAGCUGCCUUUUGGUUGGAAGGUGGGUGGGCCCAGGGGGUACUUUUGCCCACCGAUCACAACCUGUCCAGGUGGGUGGGAGCCGCCUGUCUGCGCUGCCCUCGCCCCAUGAAGUGGGUCACAGGGAACUGGGGAGAGCCAGCCCGGGCUCAGACUCGCUGAGGGGUUCAUUGUGUCCCGCCCCUCGCCAGAUUUCUCUGCAAAGCGCGUCUGCCCGGGUUCGGGGCCGGUCCGCGCCCCCCGCCCGCCCUGCCGGCCGCGCUCGGCUGUCUCCGCGCCCGACGCUCGGCAGCGCUCGGCUCUCUCCGGCCGCUCGGCUCCGCGCUCGGCUCCGGUCCGCGGCCGCUGCGGCGCCGGGCAUUUCUCCGCAGCUCGGCUCGCGGCCGCGCCCUCCCGGCCCGCGCCCAUGCAGGCCAUCAAGUGCGUGGUGGUCGGCGACGGCGCCGUGGGGAAGACCUGCUUGCUGAUCAGCUACACAACCAACGCCUUCCCCGGAGAAUACAUCCCCACAGUUUUCGACAACUAUUCUGCGAAUGUGAUGGUGGAUGGGAAGCCCGUCAACCUGGGGCUGUGGGACACCGCCGGGCAGGAGGACUACGACCGCUUGCGGCCCCUCUCCUACCCCCAAACUGACGUCUUCCUGAUCUGCUUCUCCCUGGUGAGCCCAGCCUCCUUUGAGAAUGUUCGAGCCAAGUGGUACCCAGAGGUUCGGCACCACUGCCCACACACGCCCAUCCUCCUGGUGGGCACCAAGCUGGACCUUCGUGACGAUAAGGACACCAUCGAGCGACUGCGAGAUAAGAAGCUAGCGCCCAUCACCUACCCCCAGGGCCUGGCCAUGGCCCGAGAGAUCGGUGAGCUCUGUCAAGUACCUGGAGUGCUCAGCCCUGACCCAGCGGGGCCUGAAGACAGUGUUCGACGAGGCCAUUCGGGCUGUGCUCUGCCCGCCUCCCGAGAAAAAGCCAGGGAGGAAGUGCACGGUGGUCUAGAGCCCCCUCUUCCGGAGGAGCAGCCCCUCCCUGCCUGUGUCUGUUGUGCUGAGAUGUGUCCUUGAGUCUGCUGUGGGGGGUGCUGGGGGUGGGGAAGGGAAAGAAGCAUGGGGAUGAGGCUGCUGCUCCUGGGGCACCGCGGGGACCAUGGGGUCCUGUCUGCUCUGCCUCAUCUUCGUGGGGACGCAGCUCCAGCCUCCCCUGGCCCCCACGGGAGGCUGGAAGGGAGCAGGGUCUCCCUCAGGCUGUAGGGGCGGGUCCGGGGCAGCCCCAGGAUGGGCUUCCCAGAUAGGGGAGUUUGGGGGGGGGGUGGGUUCUGUCCUUGUGCCCCAUGAUGGGGCAGCCCCUUCUUAUUUUAUACAAUAAACCUUCAUCUCCUGUUCUUGACUCACUACCUGCCCUGCCCAGGUCUCUCCCUGCCUACUCCUCCACCCGAGGAUGCUAGACCCCCAACCCCUGCCAACCAAGGGUACAGAGCAGGUGAGCUUAACACUCCCCAUCCCCCAGCCGAAGGCCAGUUGAGCCCUCUCAGUCUCCAUAGGAGGGACCCAGAUCAAAGUGAGAAUAAGUGUGCUUGGCCCAUUCUGAAUAAAGCAAGCCCCUCCUGUGCUCACCUCAGGCCUCCGGGAGGGCACAGCACCCUUCAGCAGCUCCCAGGGGUGGCACAGAACAGUCUGCAGUCAGGCCCUAGGAGGCCCUGUGGAGCCCAGGCUAAGGCCAGGGGUCACUCAACUGAGUGUUCACGAAGACACACCGUCAAGAGGGAGGGCGUCCUGCAGCUGUGGAGGUGUGGAGAGGACAGGAGGGGUGGCAGACGGGUCAAUAGGUUGGGUUUGCUGGGCAGACAUGACGGGAGGUGAGGGGUGGGCCUGGCCUGUCACUAGGACUUCACCCCUGGGGCCUGCAAGGCACCACUCUGGGCAGAUCCGUGACAUGAAGCUAAGUGACACUCAGCUCCCCUGCAGUAGUGUGCAGACGGUGGACUGCUGGAGUUCAGGAAUUCUGCUAGCCAGUUUUUAAGUAACCACUAUUAAGAAUUACAUAAACUUGAAAUCAGUUGUAUUUUAAAAUGAAAUUAACAAAUACUCAACAUUUGUUCCAUCACUUCCUAAACAUUUUUGUACAUGUACUGUUAGCUGUGCUUUGGGGUGUAAGCCUUUUGUGUCUGUGUGGUGAAGACAGCAUGGAAAAGUGGAGGACAGGCAUCUCUGUGCCAGCUCCACCUCAAGGACAUCACACAGGAGGGAAUAUGUUACCAUGGAAGUUGGCAAAUUCUACAGCUGGAUCUUGCGCUGGACUGUGCCCAGUACAUGGUGAAGGACUCACAACGCUGAGGGAAUAUUCUCUCCGUAACUGAAAACCACCACCUGAUUCGGCAAAGAAGUCAUUCAAUCGUGAACAAAGCGGUGGAGUUCCAGCAUGCAGCCUGCUCAGCUCACUUUUGUUUUCUGCGCUGACUUAAGGAAUACCAAUGAACAUUCAUGUUAAAAGCACCACCACUUCCACCCUAGAGGUCUCUGGACAGGGCCGAAAGCCAUCCUCGGUCAAAUUCACUACCCUCCUUAGAAGCUGGGCUUCUGGAAGGUCCUACAUGUCUGCCAGGGACUUAGGCCCGAAAAACUCUGGC